AUCAACUCAACAAAUUAAUCAACUCAUCUCCAUCUCCCUCACUUCAUCAUCGUGAACAGACGUUGAAAAUAAAAAUUCUUCAUCAUCUCAUCUUGGCAUUUUUUUCCCAACUACAAACUCAACACAACAGUUAUCGUCUCAUCUUAGCAUUUUUUCCCAACACUGCAAACUCAACACAACAGUAAUCGUCCCAUUCACAGGUUCGUCAAACGUAACAGGACCACAAAUCUGUUUGUGUUCGUAUUGAGCACGCUGCUGCAAAGGUGUACCAUGGAAAACACCGACCAUUAUGAUUCCAACUACUAUCGAUACCGUGACAGUGGAACAUCUGAUUCUGAAUCGGAGAAUGACAGUAAUUCGGUGUCCAGUGCGUACCAAAGUUCAAGUGAUGGCGAUGGCGAUGGUGAUAGUCACAAUGAAAAAUUCCAUGAAUUUGAUGCAGUUGUAGGUGAUAGAAUACUGAAAAUUGAUGCCCUUACUGCUGAUGAAAUUCGUGCUAUGGAAUUCGGUACAGUUGAUGAAGCUAAUUUGUUUUAUUUCAAGUAUGCUAAAUGUAAAGGGUUUGCCAUUAGGAAAAGUGAUGUUAGGAGAAGAUCGACUGGGGGUGGACAAACAAUUAUAAUGAGGCAGUUUGUAUGCAAUAAACGCGGUCUAAGAGAUACAAAACACUUAAGGAGGCUUGAUAGAAAAAGAGAACACAGACCUACGACCCGCACUAAUUGUCCCGCUAGGCUUCGUGUGCAUUACAACCCCCAGAAGGGUAGUUAUGUAGUGUCAUGUUUUGAAGAGGCUCACAACCAUGAAUUAACACCAUCUAGGUUUAUCCACUUACACCCUAUUUAUCGUGAGAUUACUGCAGCAGAUAGAGCUCAGAUUGACGGUCUACAGUCAAAUGAAAUUAGAACUUGUCAUAUAAUGGGGUACAUGGUUGCUCAGAAGGGUGGACACGAUCGUGUUGGGUUUACAAAGAAGGAUCUGUACAAUUAUUUUGAUAGUAAAAUGCGUGCUACUAUUAAAGAUGGUGACGUUGCCGCUGCUAUAAAUUAUCUAAAUGUGAAGUCAUCUACUGAUCCCAUGUUAUAUGGUAAAUAUGCCGUAGGCACGGAUGGACGAAUGAAGUCCCUUUUUUGGGAUGAUGGAAGCAGUAGAUCUGACUAUUUUUGUUUUGGCGAUGUAAUUGCGUUCGACACGACUUACAAGAAGAACAAAUACAACUACCCAUUGGUUAUAUUUUCAGGGUGUAACCACCACUCUCAGACAGUUAUUUUUGGUGCUGCAUUGGUGUCAGAUGAAACGACAGAAACGUAUAAGUGGUUGUUGGAGUGUUUUUUAGAGUGCAUGGAAAAUAAAUACCCAGAAGCGGUUGUAACAGAUGGAGAUGGGGCGAUGAGGGAAUCUAUAAAACAGGUGUUUCCGGAUGCGACACAUCGUUUAUGCGCUUGGCAUUUGAACAAGAAUGCGACUGAGAAUGUAAAGAACUCGGAAUUUUUGAAAGAUUUUCAAAAAGCCAUGUACUCUAAUUUUACAAAGGAUCAAUUUGAAGAGUUUUGGUCAAAAACAAUUAAAGAAAACGGACUUGAAGGAAAUCCUUGGGUUCAAAAAACGUACGAGAACAGGUCACUAUGGGCAACUGCAUAUCUACGUGAGAAGUUUUUUGCACGUAUAAGAACUACGUCUCAAUGUGAAGCCGUCAAUGCAAUCAUCAAGAGUUAUGUCAGGAAGAAAGGCUGCAUUUUUGAAUUUAUGCACAAUUUUGAUCAGGCUAUGAGAUGUUAUAGAAACAAUGAACUGAUUGCCGAUUUUAAAUCAAUGUUUUCAGAACCUGUGAUGACUACUCAACUGCGUGCCCUUGAGAGCCAUGCUGCGAAAGUUUAUACCACGGAGAUUUUCAAGGAAGUCAGAGAUGAAAUAGUGAAGGCUGGAUCAUUGAUUGUUAAGGAAAGGUUAUUUCACAACGGAUUUAAGACUUAUCGAUUUACAAAAUAUUGUUAUGAUAACUAUGACGUAGAGGUUGUGUAUGAUGGUGAAACACUUCAAUGCGAGUGUAGGUUAUGGGAUUCUCGUGGGAUUCCAUGUUCUCAUAUGUUUGGUGUCAUGAAGGAAGAACAUGUUAGUCUCAUUCCCACCGAGAAGCUUCAAAAAAGGAAGGUGUUUAUGGGGACAUAA